GCCGGGCCGGACGGGCUGCGGAGGCGCCGGUCGCGAGCACGCGAGGCCAAGGGCCGGACGGCCACCGGAGAGCACAGCGCGCCCGGUGCGGAGAGGGACCCGUCACCCGCGUCUCUCCACGCGGGGACAGCGAUGCGGUGCGCCCCGAGAUCCCGGUAGCCUCGGAUCUGCGGUGGUGAUGGAUGAGCCGUGGUGGGAAGGGCGCGUCGCCUCGGAUGUCCACUGCACCCUACGCGAAAAGGAACUGAAGCUUCCUACCUUCCGUGCCCACUCCCCGCUCCUGAAGAGCCGUCGGUUCUUUGUAGACAUUCUGACCUUGCUGAGCAGACACUGCCAUCUGUGCCCCUCAGCCAGGCACCUGGCCAUCUACCUGCUGGACCACUUUAUGGACCAGUACAACAUCACCACCUCCAAGCAGCUGUAUACUGUGGCUGUCUCCUGCCUCCUGCUGGCAAGUAAAUUUGAGGACAGGGAAGACCGUGUGCCCAAACUGGAACAGAUAAACAGUACGAGGAUCCUGAGCAGCCAAAACUUUUCCCUCACCAAGAAGGAGCUUCUAACCACAGAACUUCUGCUCCUGGAGGCUUUCAGCUGGGACCUCUGCCUGCCCACACCUGCCCACUUUCUGGACUACUACCUCUUGGCUUCCAUCAGCCAGAAGGACCACCACUGCCACACCUGGCCCACCACCUGCCUCCGAAAGACCAAAGAGUGCCUCAAGGAGUAUGCCCACUACUUCCUGGAAGUUACCCUGCAAGAUCAUAUCUUUUAUAAAUUCCAGCCUUCUGUGGUCGCCGCAGCCUGUGUUGGGGCCUCCAGGAUCUGCCUUCAGCUAUCUCCCUACUGGACUAGAGACUUGCAGAGGGUCUCAAGCUACUCUCUGGAGCAUCUCAGUACAUGCAUCGAAAUCCUGCUGGUAGCAUAUGAUAAUGUCCUCAAGGAUGCCGUUGCAGUCAAGAGCCAGGCAUUGGCCAUGGUGCCUGGCACAUCACCAGCUCCCACACAAGUGCUGUUCCAACCACCUACCUACCCUACGCUCAGCCAACCGCCACCAACACUAGCCCAGUUCCAGAGUCCAGCGCAAGACUUGUGCUUGGCUUAUCGGGACUCAUUGCAGGCCCACCGCUCAGGAACCCUGCUCUCAGGAGACACUGGUCCAUCCCUCCACACCUCAUACCCAACCCUCCAGCCCUUGGAUAUGUGUCCUGUGCCAGUCCCUGCAUCCCUUAGCAUGCAGAUGGCCAUUGCAGCUGAACCCAGGCACUGUCUUACUGCCACCUACGGAAGCAGCUUCUUCAGUGGGGGUCACAUGUUCCCCACAGGUUGUUUUGACAGCUAGACCAUAUCUGGACCACGUGGAGAAUCCUGGAAGACCCAGACUGAAGAGGUGAACACCUAAGAGGAAGAGCUCAGCCAGGUGAGGCAAAGAACCUAUUACCCUUCAAUAGUGAGAGUCUGUGUACUUUAAAACAAACAACCCAGAGCCAAACAUCCAGGGACAUACCUCACACAACAGCAUCUCUCCAGGAAACCUCUUCCAUGUGUGCCUGGAGGACAAAGACAUGGCUCUGUGGCCAUUGCCUUGAGCUGGGGGAUCCAAUGGUAAGAGGCUUGGACAUUGAGAACUGCAUAGAGAUCAGUAGCACACCCGGGCUUUUCAAAGACUACUAUUCACAGUGAUGCCACUGAAAAACCAGGGGCAGCAGUGCACACCUUUAAUCCCAGCACUCAGAGUCAGAGACAGGCGGAUCUCUGUGAGUUCGAGGUCAGUCUGGUCUACAGAGCAAGUUCCAGGACAGCCAGGGCUACACUGAGAAACCCUGUCUGGAGGAGAAAGAAAGGAAGAAGGAAAGAAAGGAAGGAAGAAAGAAAGAAAGAGUGAGUUGGCACCUCUGUGUCCCAAAAGAUCCAGCCUGGGUGUAUUUUUCUCCUUAGCUUCACACCAAGGGCCCUACUGCCCGUGUUUAUGCCUGAGCACUGGCCCCAUGAGAUACGGUGGCUAUCUUGCUCUUUGUUUUUGAACCCAAAACCUUUUUUGUCAUUCUAGAUAUUUCACAUUCUGCUGCUUCCCGGAACAAUCUAGCUUUCUAUCCUGCAGAAACAUCUUGUUUACAUACUGUGUCAGGGAUUUUGUGAUACUUGAAAAUUCCGUAGGAGAAAAAAAGUUUGAAUUGCCACACUGUCUGUCCCACAUUGAAGCUGUGUCUUUUAUUAACCCAACGUGUAAGCUAGUAGUGGAUGACAGCAGUGGGGAGAGCGCCUCCUAGGCUCUCAGCUCUGAAGAGUCCACCCUUGGGAUGCUAGGGCUCACCUGUUGAACUUGGAUCACUGCCCCCUGGUGGGGGAAUGUUGUUGAAAGGAAGACAAAGGUUUGAUCCAGUCCUCACCUCCCUCCGUGCUUGUAGUGCUAAGGUUAAACCCACCCCAGCUUUGAGUUUGACCAAUAGUAAAGAGAAAUAAUGCUGUGGACAUCUGAGAAGUGGGGGGGGAUGAACAUGUUAUAUGACACCAGCCUUGAUGGGCCAGGGAUUGCUGGAACAGAAGCCGGUGUCUGGGUAUCUGCAGUGGGAGGGCUCAGGAAGACUGUCACCAUGUGCAAUAUGUUUUGACUCUGACUCAUAGCCUGUGCUUAGGAUGUUCUUAUGGUGGAGAUGUGGAUUUUGCUUUUGUUUUUGUUGUUUGGUCAGGGGACAUGCUGUUCACCCAUCAGGACUGGGAGGAAGAUGCAAAAGAUCACAGAAAGAAAUUUUGGUUUUAUUUUUGAAAAGAUUGUAUCUCAGUUUUCUUUUGUGGGGGAGGAUCCUUUUAUUUUGAGACAGGUCUAAUGUAGCUAAGGCUAUCCUCAAACUUAGUACAUAGCUGGGCUGGCCUUGAACUCCUGACCCUUCUGUUUCAGCCUCCAUGUAGGCCCUCACUCCGUGUCUCCCAUCUUGGUUCUCUUUGACUCAUUUGCCAAACCAAGAGACCAUGCCAGGGACUGCCAGGAAGGCGGCCACACGCUGCUGAGUCAGAUUCAACAGGGAUAGGACUUUUCUGAGCAGAUGAAUGUCUCGCGGAAACAGUAAAAGGAAAGAGCUGGAUGCAGAUGAGGCGCUGCCAUUUUGUCAGUUAGCAUAGGAACCUGCACAUUUGUUUGUUAAUUUUUUUGUGUGUUUUGGCUCCCCUUCCCCCCCCCAUACCAGCCUCUUUGUAUUUAUGUGCAGCUGGUUUGGAGUCCAAGUUUAUUAUAUCUGUCUGCCCUGGAUUGGGGCUUGUAAGAAGCAUCUCCACUGGAGUUUGUAAGAAGCAUCUCCCUGAUUCCCAGGACCAGGUGUCCUGCAAUAAACACUUCACCUGUU